AUGGCCUCUACACCUCGAUGGCGAACUGCCUUGACUAAGGCGCUCAGUCUACCUGACAACAAAGGGCAGAAUGUCUAUCAACUUGCGACGAUAGACCCAAACGAUUCACCUCGCGCCCGCACUGUCGUGCAUCGCGACAUCAUCCAACCUUCAGACUGCCCUCACUUACCCGUCAUCAUCACCACUACAGAUAUUCGCACGCCCAAGGUCUGGCAAUUGCUUGCUUACGGGCGCACUGAGAUCUGUUGGUGGAUGGCGGGCUCCCAGGACCAGUUCCGGAUUUAUGGGCCCGUUCGUGUUAUCCGCUCUCCGAACGCAAGGGCGGAGAUCCGUGCACCACACAUCCCAUCACUCGCCCUUGACCGAUUUGAUGAACAAGGAUUCGACUGGGAAAAGAAGCGUCUAGAGGUGUUCGACAGUAUGAGCGCUCAUAUGAAGGCAAGCUGGUGUCGCCCACCGCCGGGAAGCGUUAUGGAAUCCUACGAUGAUGCCAAGAAGUGGCCGCAGACAGUACCCAAACUCGGCGAGGCGGAAAGCGACGAGGAUAAACGCAAUCAGGAGCAAGCUUUGCGAAACUUUUCACUCAUCCUCAUAGAAGCCGUCGAGGUGGACUGGCUUCAGCUAGGUGUCCAUCCGAAUCAGAGGACGCGUUUUGUUCGGGAGGAAGAGGACUGGGCGGAGCAGAUUAUCGUCCCGUGA